GUUUGUGUAACGAGAUUGACGAAAAUCUGGAUUUAUUUAUGUUAUUUACUGUAGUGAAGGGCGAGUGGUAAUGACUGCCACUCAAACAACAGCGUCCCAGGUUAAUGUCAGCAUGACAUCCACUGCAAUGGAGGACAAGUAUUUGCAGGAGAUGGCCGAGGCAUUUGGUUAUGAGGAUGGUUACCAGGAUGAUAUAUCUCAAAAAGAACUGGAGAAUAUCUUUGAGGAUGAUGAUCUGGAUAUGUCUGAGGGUCCAGAUUACUCUCAAAUCAUUGUUGGAUCAGACAACUGACAUAGAAAAUGACGUUCUUCCUCAAGGGAUUCCUGCACCAAGCAAAGAUCACCUCCGUGUUCUCCAAGAAUUUUUGGUCACUCAGCCUUUCGGCCUAUGCAAUGGAAAAUCAUCCAUGCUCUCAUGCAGGGUAAAGACAAUUGUGUAGUGAUGGCAACUGGAUAUGGAAAAAGUCUGUGCUAUCAGUUCCCAGCAGUGUACAGUGGUGGAGUAGCAGUAGUAGUAUCUCCACUGAUUUCUCUUAUGCAGGACCAGGUGUUGGCUCUGAAGGCAUGCAAUAUCCAAGCCUGCUUUCUUGGAAGUGCACAAAAAAAUAGAGAGGUGUGUGCAGAUAUGCUUGCAGGUGUUUACAGAAUCAUUUAUGUAACACCAGAAUAUGUUGAUGCUGGUUUUGAUGUUCUGACCACCCUGAACAACAGAGUAGGAAUCUCCCUUUUUGCAGUUGAUGAAGCUCACUGUGUCAGUCAAUGGGGACAUGACUUUAGGACUACUUACAGGCGGCUUGGAUCCUUGCGGAAGCACUUCCCGAAAAUCCCAAUACUAGCUGUAACAGCCACUGCAACUCAUCGCGUACGCCAGGACAUUUGUGCAUCACUUGGACUAAGAUCACCAGAGGUGACCAUCACAAGCUUUGACCGACCUAAUCUCUAUUUAGAAGUGAAGCCCAAGAUAAAGGAUAUUCUAGCUGACAUUCUACCUCUCAUGACCAAAGGUCCAAAUGGAAAAUAUUCUACAGAUGGAUCCACCAUUAUUUACUGUCCGACUAAGAAAACAACAGAUGAUAUAACUUUAGCAUUAAGAGGUGUAGGAAUAAAUUGUGAGAAGUACCAUGCUGGAAUGACACCAGAGCAGCGCAAGAAGUCUCAUGAAACAUUUGUGUGCGACAAGGUGAGUCAAAGGUACUUUAAUGUUGAAUUGAUAAAAAGAUCACACACCACUGUAUUGGUCUGCUGUAUUUAUGUAACCAGGAAAGUCAGCUAUUAUAGAGAAUGAAUUUUCUGUAAUAUUCCUAC